AUGUUCCAGCACGGCAGUAAGAAGUGUUUCACCAUCGAGUCCCUGGUGGGGAAGGAGGCGAUGGGAGAGGAGCCCAUCCGGCCCACGGCGCUCCGCUUCACGGACCCGCUGCACGCCGCCGCCGCCGCCGCCCCCUUCGGCUGCCUGCAGCCCUCCGGCAGGAGCGUGUUCCCGGGCCCGGAGCUGGUGUUCCAGGAGCCGGGCUCGCACGGCUCCCCCGGGCCGCUGCAUCCGCUGCACCUCCCGGCGCACAGCUUCUUCAGCCCGCAGCAGAGGGAGGCGCUCGGUUUCUACCCCUGGGUGCUCCGCAACAGAUACCUGGGCCACAGGUUUCAAGGCGAGGACAGCAGUCCGGAGAACCUGCUGCUUCACGGGCCGUUCUCCAGGAAGCCGAAGCGGAUCAGGACGGCGUUCUCUCCGUCCCAGCUGCUGCGUCUGGAGCGAGCCUUCGAGAAGAACCACUACGUGGUGGGAGCGGAGCGGAAGCAGCUGGCCAGCGGCUUGUGUCUGACGGAAACACAGGUGAAGGUCUGGUUUCAGAACAGGAGGACAAAGCACAAGCGUCAGAAGCUGGAGGAAGAGUCGCCGGACGCCCAGCAGAAGAGGAAGGGCAGUCAGCACGUCAGCCGCUGGCGCGUGGCGACGCAGCAGAACGGUCCCGACGACGUAGACGUCACAUCAGAAGACUAA